GUUAUGCAAUGGUCUGUGCAGGAUGGUUUAUUCUUGAAUUGGAGCUUCCGAAGACUGACAGAUGCUGGUACUUCUAUAAGUGGACUCUAAUUUCUUUUCUCAAGAUAACUACAUAAGCAGACAAAAUUGCAAAGAUCUGCCCUGUGUCGAGUAUGACAGCCACGACUCGUGGCUCUCCGGUAGGAGGGAAUGACAACCAGGGCCAGGCUCCUGAUGGCCAGUCUCAGCCACCCCUCCAGCAGAAUCAGACGCCAUCGCCUGAUUCCUCCAAUGAAAAUUCCCCGGCAACUCCCCCAGAUGAGCAAGGUCAGGGUGAUGCUCCCCCACAGCUGGAAGAGGAGGAGCCUGCGUUCCCGCAUACGGACCUCGCCAAGUUGGAUGACAUGAUCAAUAGGCCUCGGUGGGUGGUCCCAGUGUUGCCGAAAGAAUUAGAAAUGCUUUUGGAAGCUGCUAUUGAUCUUAGUAAAAAAGGCCUUGAUGUUAAAAGUGAAGCAUGUCAGCGAUUCUUUCGAGAUGGGCUCACAAUAUCCUUCACUAAAAUCCUUACAGACGAGGCAGUGAGUGGCUGGAAGUUUGAAAUUCACAGGUGUAUUAUCAAUAACACUCAUCGCCUGGUGGAACUAUGUGUGGCCAAGUUGUCCCAAGACUGGUUUCCACUUCUAGAACUUCUCUCCAUGGCCUUAAAUCCCCAUUGCAAGUUCCAUAUCUACAAUGGUACCCGUCCGUGCGAAUCCGUGUCCUCAAGUGUUCAGUUGCCUGAAGAUGAACUCUUCGCUCGUUCUCCAGACCCUCGCUCACCAAAAGGUUGGCUAGUGGAUCUCCUCAACAAAUUCGGCACUUUAAAUGGGUUCCAGAUUUUGCAUGAUCGUUUUAUUAGUGGAUCAGCAUUAAAUGUUCAAAUAAUUGCAGCUCUUAUUAAACCAUUUGGACAAAGCUAUGAAUUUCUCACUCUUCACACGGUGAAAAAGUACUUUCUUCCAGUCAUAGAAAUGGUUCCACAGUUUUUAGAAAACUUAACUGAUGAAGAGCUGAAAAAAGAAGCAAAGAAUGAAGCCAAAAAUGAUGCCCUCUCAAUGAUUAUUAAAUCUUUGAAGAAUUUAGCGUCAAGGGUUCCAGGACAAGAAGAAACUGUAAAAAAUUUAGAAAUAUUUAGGUUAAAAAUGAUACUUAGAUUAUUGCAAAUUUCUUCUUUCAAUGGAAAGAUGAAUGCACUGAAUGAGGUUAAUAAGGUGAUUUCUAGUGUCUCGUACUACACUCACCGGCAUGGGAACCCCGAGGAGGAAGAGUGGCUCACAGCUGAACGAAUGGCAGAAUGGAUACAGCAGAACAACAUCUUAUCCAUUGUCUUGCGAGACAGCCUGCACCAGCCACAGUACGUGGAGAAGCUGGAGAAGAUUCUUCGUUUCGUCAUCAAAGAAAAGGCUCUGACCUUACAAGACCUUGAUAAUAUCUGGGCAGCACAGGCGGGGAAGCACGAGGCCAUUGUGAAGAAUGUACAUGAUUUACUGGCAAAGUUGGCCUGGGAUUUUUCUCCUGAACAACUCGAUCAUCUCUUUGAUUGCUUUAAGGCAAGUUGGACAAAUGCAAGUAAAAAGCAGCGGGAGAAGCUGCUGGAGCUGAUUCGUCGUCUUGCGGAGGAUGAUAAGGACGGUGUGAUGGCGCACAAGGUGCUGAACCUCCUGUGGAACCUGGCCCACAGCGACGACGUGCCCGUGGACAUCAUGGACCUGGCCCUCAGCGCCCACAUCAAAAUCCUCGAUUACAGCUGCUCGCAGGACCGUGACACACAGAAGAUCCAGUGGAUAGAUCGCUUUAUAGAAGAACUUCGUACAAAUGACAAAUGGGUCAUCCCCGCUCUGAAACAAAUUAGAGAAAUUUGUAGUUUGUUUGGGGAGGCACCUCAGAAUUUGAGUCAAACUCAGCGAAGUCCCCAUGUAUUUUAUCGCCAUGACUUAAUCAAUCAACUUCAGCACAAUCAUGCCCUAGUUACUUUGGUAGCAGAAAAUCUUGCAACUUACAUGGAAAGCAUGAGACUGUAUGCUAGAGACCAUGAGGACUACGACCCACAAACUGUAAGGCUGGGAAGUAGAUACAGUCACGUUCAAGAAGUCCAAGAGCGGCUGAACUUCCUGAGAUUCUUGCUGAAGGACGGCCAGCUGUGGCUGUGCGCCCCGCAGGCGAAGCAGAUCUGGAAGUGCCUGGCCGAGAACGCCGUGUACCUGUGCGACCGCGAGGCCUGCUUCAAGUGGUACUCCAAGCUGAUGGGGGAUGAGCCGGACUUGGACCCUGACAUCAACAAGGACUUCUUCGAAAGCAACGUGCUCCAGCUCGACCCUUCCCUCCUAACGGAAAACGGCAUGAAAUGUUUUGAGCGAUUCUUCAAAGCUGUGAAUUGUCGAGAAGGAAAACUGGUAGCAAAGAGGAGAGCGUACAUGAUGGAUGACCUGGAGUUGAUAGGGUUAGACUACCUUUGGAGGGUUGUGAUUCAGAGCAAUGACGAUAUUGCCAGCAGAGCUAUAGAUCUCCUUAAAGAGAUAUACACAAACCUGGGGCCAAGGCUACAGGUCAAUCAGGUGGUGAUCCAUGAAGACUUCAUUCAGUCUUGCUUUGAUCGUUUGAAAGCCUCCUAUGACACGCUGUGUGUGUUGGAUGGUGACAAGGACAGUAUUAAUUGUGCAAGACAGGAAGCUGUUCGGAUGGUUCGAGUGCUAACCGUGCUGAGGGAGUACAUAAAUGAGUGUGACAGCGAUUACCACGAGGAAAGAACAAUUCUGCCCAUGUCAAGAGCUUUCCGUGGUAAACACCUCUCUUUUAUAGUCCGGUUUCCGAACCAGGGCAGGCAGGUUGAUGACCUGGACGUGUGGUCCCACACAAAUGACACGAUCGGUUCCGUGCGGCGGUGCAUUCUCAAUCGCAUUAAAGCCAACGUUGCCCAUACAAAAAUCGAGCUCUUCGUGGGCGGGGAACUGAUAGAUCCUGCAGAUGAUAGAAAGUUGAUUGGACAAUUGAACUUAAAGGAUAAAUCGCUAAUUACAGCCAAGCUUACACAAAUAAGUUCCAAUAUGCCUUCGAGCCCUGAUAGCUCUUCUGAUUCCUCAACUGGAUCUCCUGGAAACCAUGGUAACCAUUACAGCGAUGGGCCCAACCCAGAAGUGGAAAGCUGUUUGCCCGGGGUGAUAAUGUCACUGCAUCCCAGAUACAUCUCUUUCCUUUGGCAAGUUGCAGACUUAGGUAGCAGCCUAAAUAUGCCAUCUCUUAGAGAUGGUGCAAGAGUGCUUAUGAAACUUAUGCCACCAGAUAGCACAACAAUAGAAAAACUGAGAGCGAUUUGCUUAGACCACGCGAAGCUUGGAGACAGCAGCCUUAGCCCAUCUCUUGACUCGCUUUUCUUUGGUCCUUCCGCUUCCCAAGUGCUAUACCUGACAGAGGUGGUCUAUGCCUUGCUCAUGCCUGCUGGUGCACCUCUGGCUGAAGACUCCUCUGAUUUCCAGUUUCACUUCUUGAAAAGCGGUGGCCUGCCCCUAGUCCUGAGUAUGCUGACCAGAAACAACUUCCUGCCCAAUGCAGACAUGGAAACUCGCAGGGGUGCCUACCUCAAUGCUCUGAAAAUAGCCAAGCUGUUGCUGACUGCCAUUGGCUACGGCCACGUUCGCGCUGUGGCGGAAGCGUUUCAGCCGGGUGUAGAAGGCGUGAAUCCUUUGACAUCGGUCAACCAAGUCACGCACGACCAGGCCGUGGUGCUGCAGAGCGCGCUGCAGAGCAUCCCGAACCCGUCGUCCGAGUGCAUGCUCAGGAACGUGGCCAUCCGCCUGGCCCAGCAGGUCUCCGACGAGGCUUCAAGAUACAUGCCUGACAUCUGCGUGAUUAGAGCAAUUCAGAAAAUCAUCUGGGCCUCCGGGUGCGGGGCUCUACAGCUGGUAUUUAGCCCGAAUGAAGAAAUCACUAAAAUUUAUGAGAAGUCCAACGUGGGCAACGAGCUGGACUUGGAAGACGAGCAGGUUUGCUGCGAAGCGUUGGAAGUGAUGACGUUGUGUUUUGCCUUGAUUCCAACGGCCUUAGAUGCUCUUAGCAAAGAAAAGGCUUGGCAGACGUUCAUUAUUGACUUACUGUUGCACUGUCACAGCAAAACUGUCCGCCAGGUGGCGCAGGAGCAGUUCUUCCUGAUGUGCACCAGGUGUUGCAUGGGCCACAGGCCUCUGCUUUUCUUCAUCACGCUGCUCUUCACUGUUUUGGGGAGCACAGCCAGGGAGAGAGCUAAACACUCGGGUGACUACUUCACUCUACUGAGGCACCUUCUGAAUUAUGCUUACAACAGUAACAUUAAUAUACCCAACGCCGAAGUUCUUCUCAACAAUGAAAUCGAUUGGCUGAAGAGAAUUAGGGAUGAAGUUAAGAGAACAGGUGACACAGGUGUUGAGGAGACGAUCUUGGAAGGCCACCUGGGGGUAACAAAAGAGCUGCUGGCCUUUCAAACCCCGGAGAAAAAGUACCAUAUCGGUUGUGAAAAGGGAGGUGCUAGCCUCAUUAAAGAAUUAAUUGAUGACUUCAUCUUCCCUGCAUCCAAUGUGUACCUGCAGUACAUGAGGAACGGAGAGCUGCCCGCCGAGCAGGCCAUCCCCGUCUGCAGCUCACCAGCUACCAUCAAUGCUGGUUUUGAGUUACUUGUAGCAUUAGCUGUUGGCUGUGUGAGGAAUCUCAAGCAGAUAGUAGAGUCUUUGACUGAAAUGUAUUACAUUGGCACAGCAAUAACUACGUGUGAAGCACUUACUGAGUGGGAAUAUCUGCCCCCUGUGGGACCCCGCCCUCCCAAAGGCUUCGUGGGGCUGAAAAAUGCCGGUGCUACCUGCUACAUGAAUUCUGUGAUCCAGCAGCUCUACAUGAUCCCCUCCAUCCGGAACGGUAUUCUUGCCAUUGAAGGCACAGGUAGUGAUGUAGAUGAUGAUAUGUCUGGGGAUGAGAAGCAGGACAAUGAGAGCAAUGUUGAUCCCAGAGAUGAUGUAUUUGGAUACCCUCAGCAAUUCGAAGACAAGCCAGCAUUAAGUAAGACAGAGGACAGGAAGGAGUACAACAUCGGUGUCCUCAGACACCUGCAGGUCAUCUUUGGCCACUUGGCUGCCUCUCGGCUGCAGUACUAUGUGCCCAGAGGAUUCUGGAAGCAGUUCAGGCUUUGGGGUGAGCCUGUUAAUCUGCGUGAGCAACAUGAUGCUUUAGAAUUUUUUAAUUCUUUGGUGGAUAGUUUAGAUGAAGCUUUGAAAGCCUUAGGACAUCCUGCUAUGCUAAGUAAAGUUUUAGGAGGUUCCUUUGCGGAUCAGAAGAUUUGCCAAGGCUGCCCACAUAGAUACGAGUGUGAAGAAUCUUUUACGACUUUGAAUGUAGACAUUCGAAAUCACCAAAAUCUUCUUGAUUCUUUGGAACAAUACGUCAAAGGAGAUUUAUUAGAAGGUGCAAAUGCAUAUCAUUGUGAGAAAUGCAAUAAAAAGGUUGAUACUGUAAAACGCCUGCUAAUUAAAAAAUUACCUCCUGUUCUUGCUAUUCAACUGAAACGAUUCGACUAUGACUGGGAAAGAGAGUGUGCGAUCAAGUUCAAUGAUUAUUUUGAGUUUCCUCGAGAGCUGGACAUGGAGCCUUACACGGUGGCAGGUGUCGCAAAGCUGGAGGGAGACAAUGUGAACCCAGAGAGUCAGCUGAUUCAGCAGAACGAGCAGUCCGAGGGCGAGGUGGCGGGCAGCACGAAGUACAGGCUCGUGGGUGUGCUUGUCCACAGCGGCCAGGCGAGUGGCGGCCACUAUUAUUCUUACAUCAUUCAGAGGAAUGGUGUGGACGGUGAGAGAAAUCGCUGGUAUAAAUUCGAUGACGGCGAUGUGACAGAGUGUAAAAUGGAUGAUGACGAAGAAAUGAAAAACCAGUGUUUUGGGGGAGAGUACAUGGGAGAAGUGUUCGAUCACAUGAUGAAGCGCAUGUCAUACAGGCGCCAGAAAAGGUGGUGGAACGCCUACAUACUCUUUUAUGAGCGAUUGGACACGAUAGACCAAGGCGAUGAGUUGAUACGAUACAUAUCCGAGCUCGCUGUCACCAGCAGACCCCAUCAAAUCGUCAUGCCAUCGGCCAUCGAGAGAAGUGUGCGCAAACAGAACGUGCAGUUCAUGCAUAACCGAAUGCAGUACAGUUUGGAAUAUUUUCAGUUCAUGAAAAAACUGCUUACAUGUAAUGGUGUUUACUUAAAUCCUCCUCCCGGGCAAGAUCACCUGUUGCCUGAAGCAGAAGAAAUCACCAUGAUUAGUAUUCAACUUGCUGCUAGGUUCCUCUUCACCACAGGGUUUCAUACCAAGAAAGUAGUCCGUGGCUCGGCCAGUGAUUGGUAUGAUGCACUGUGUAUUCUCCUUCGCCACAGCAAGAAUGUGCGCUUUUGGUUUGCUCAUAACGUCCUUUUUAAUGUUUCCAAUCGCUUCUCUGAAUACCUCCUGGAGUGCCCUAGUGCGGAAGUGAGGGGUGCAUUUGCAAAGCUGAUCGUUUUCAUUGCACAUUUUUCCUUGCAAGAUGGGCCAUGCCCUUCACCUUUUGCAUCUCCCGGACCUUCUAGUCAGGCUUAUGACAACCUAAGCCUCAGCGAUCACCUGCUGAGAGCGGUGCUGAAUCUCCUGAGAAGGGAAGUCUCGGAGCAUGGGCGCCAUUUGCAGCAGUAUUUCAACCUGUUUGUGAUGUAUGCCAAUUUAGGAGUGGCCGAGAAGACACAGCUUCUGAAGUUGAGUGUGCCUGCCACCUUCAUGCUUGUGUCUUUGGAUGAGGGCCCAGGUCCUCCCAUCAAAUACCAGUAUGCUGAGUUGGGCAAGCUGUACUCAGUAGUGUCCCAGCUGAUCCGCUGUUGCAAUGUCUCGUCAAGAAUGCAGUCCUCAAUCAAUGGUAAUCCUCCUCUUCCCAACCCUUUUGGUGAUCCUAAUUUAUCCCAGCCUAUCAUGCCAAUUCAGCAGAAUGUGGCAGACAUUUUAUUUGUGAGAACAAGUUAUGUGAAGAAAAUCAUUGAGGAUUGCAGUAACUCGGAGGAAACCGUCAAAUUGCUUCGUUUUUGCUGCUGGGAGAAUCCUCAGUUCUCAUCUACUGUCCUCAGUGAACUUCUGUGGCAGGUUGCGUAUUCCUACACUUACGAGCUGCGGCCCUAUUUGGAUCUGCUUUUGCAAAUCUUGCUGAUCGAGGACUCCUGGCAGACUCACAGAAUUCAUAAUGCACUUAAAGGAAUCCCCGACGACCGAGAUGGGCUGUUUGACACAAUCCAGCGCUCUAAGAAUCACUAUCAGAAGCGAGCGUACCAGUGCAUCAAGUGUAUGGUGGCUCUCUUUAGCAACUGUCCUGUUGCUUACCAGAUUUUGCAGGGCAACGGAGAUCUGAAAAGAAAGUGGACCUGGGCAGUGGAGUGGCUUGGAGAUGAGCUCGAAAGACGACCAUACACUGGCAACCCUCAGUACACGUACAACAACUGGUCGCCUCCGGUGCAAAGCAAUGAGACCUCAAAUGGUUAUUUCUUGGAGAGAUCACAUAGUGCUAGGAUGACCCUUGCAAAAGCUUGUGAACUCUGUCCAGAGGAGGAGCCAGAUGACCAAGAUGCGCCGGAUGAGCAUGAGUCGCCUCCCCCCGAAGAUGCCCCGCUGUACCCCCACUCCCCCGGAUCUCAGUAUCAACAGAACAACCAUGUGCACGGACAGCCAUACACCGGCCCCGCGGCGCAUCACAUGAACAACCCUCAGAGAGCUGGCCAACGAGCACAAGAAAACUACGAAGGCAGCGAAGAAGUGUCCCCGCCUCAGACGAAGGAUCAGUGAAACGCACACGCCUAACUGGUUCCAUCAAGACUGUGCACCCAGGCCUUACAGUCCAACCUUUUUCUGUGUCUGGCUAAUAUUUAAAACUAAAAAAAAACAAAAAACAAAAAAAAAAAACCCCAACAAAAAAAAAAAAACUAUUCCUAAUCAACAUGGAGUGGAAAGUUUAUUCACUGUCUUAUCUGCAGAAAUUUGCUGUCCAUAUAUAACCCGCCUGCAGUGGAAAGUGUAUAGUGUUUUGUAAUAAAUGGCCUGAUGCUAAUGUGUAAAUGGCAAAGGUGUAUAUAGUAUAUUAAUGUUUGACUGUUAAUUCUUAAGCAAGAACCUUUUUUCUUGAUGAGACUCUCAGAUCUACAAAAACAACAGAAGUUCAUUUUCUCGUUCUCCCCAGUGCACUCGGCAGCCAGUGUUCUGCCUCGCGGCAGUCAGGCCAGCCCCUUCACCAAAACACACAAUAGCCCAACCGCCACCAAACAGCCCAUCCAUGUCACCCGCACCGAUAGCUUCGUGUUCAUUCUCUGCCACUGGAGUCAGUUUCAUUCUGGUCAGUGUAGGGCUGCUAGCCUUGCAAUGACUCGGUUGAUGUGGAAAAUCGGUGAUGUGACCUUGUUUCUAGAUCUUUUUCAUUGCCUUUUACUCUGAUCUUAGGUUCAUCCUUUCGAAGCUGUAGUUACGCUGUGACAUUUAGCAUGGCUUCCCACAGGUUAGUGUAGCCAGUGAGGACAGAUCACCAGGACAGCGGCUGUCCCGGGCGACAGCUGUCGCGCUCAGCUUUUCCUUCUGCCUAGAACAUAAACUAGAAAACAAGGGGAGAAACGUGGCGAACAGGCGGUUUUCAGUUCGUUUCACAUCCGUGGCUUACACCUGAUGUUUGACAGUUCAAUCUCUGGGUGGGAUAGAGAGACUUGAGUGUCAGUGAUGGGAAUUUCAAAACAUUUAAGACAAAUAUGCAAAACUUUGCUAUGUCAGGAUGCUCGGAGCCUAAUAGAAGACUGUAUUUGGUGUGCUUGUUUUGUUUCUUUGGUAGAGCUUAUUAGGUGAGUCUUCUCGAACUUUCCUUCUGGAUCCCAGCGAAGCGGAAGUCCUCAGCCCCACAGAGCUCGGUGUCAGUACACCAACGCGUCCGGUUGAGUUUGCUCAGCCAGUUUUACUUGAAAGCAAGAAUCGUCCUAGCUCCUUUUCCCUGAUCCCAGAUAGGGUUAACAUUUGAAGCAGGGUUUGAUUAAAGAGGAAACUACUGGUUAGUUACCGUGAUUGAGGUAUUGUGAUUUCAGAAUAAACACUUACUUAAAGAUAAACGCAUCGGUUGAUACUGUAUUGACAAGAGAAUUGGUAACUUGAAUAUGUGUAAGUUUUUGGAACCUGUCUAAAAACCAAAUACCCCUGCACACAGAUACAGUUCACCCUAUUCUAUUUAAAUAUUUUGCUGUUUUGUUUUAUAGAAAUUAUUUUGCUCAAUUCACAAAUAGAAUUUGAUUUAAGAAGAACUUUAUGUCUUGGUGUGUGGUUGUUUUUUUGUCCUUGUUUUCUGAAGGACUGCAUAUUCAAGUUAGUGCUGUGCGGAGCGUGCCUCGGCAUGCGCUGAAUCCAGGUCAGGCCCCUGGAGUUUUUGUGCACAGAGAGGUCUGACCUUCGGCCCUUCACUAAGGAUUUAGAGAAAACAGGAUGCUGACCCUGUAGACGCUUCCUAACAGACUCAAUCUUGUACUUUUUGUAUGUUUUUUAUAUACAUGUGUAUUUAAUGAGCACAAGCUUAGUUGUACUUUUUAAAGUUCAGUUAACAGGAAAACGUUCUGUCAACAGGCUGUGGUUGGAACCGAUCAAAGCAGAGACAAAAUUGUGAUCAAAGGGGGAGAUAUUUGAGAUGAAGCUGUGGGUAUCUUACUCGCAGUUCUCUGCAGUCAGUCUGCGCUUCUAGGUUUUCUGUGAUACUAGGAAAUUUUGACGCCAGAUAGAUCCUGUUUUUUACCUUAAAUAUAUUACAUCUGAGUGUGUUCAGUUUGACGGAAGCUGUUUCAAUUCCAGUUGGUCGUUUUUCAUUUAAAAGUUGCUCAAUUCCAAGCUUCCUUAGCAAUAGGGUCACCUGAUUUGGACAAGUUGCCAUCGUUAAAUACACCAUCUCACCAUCCGAGAGGUGACUGGCAUUCCCCACUCCUUACCAAAUGUACUUCAUUUAGCAGCUUGAAUGGCUUGACGUUUUAGAAGGCUGCUUUCUGUGUACAAGUCCCCUUGUGCCAGGUGAGGGCUGGUGACUCCUUUUCCCCUCCAUUUGAGGAAGAGUGGUCUCUGUUGUGACCAGGAUCAAGGGGAAAUGAACAACAGAGUUAUUUUUUGUUUGUUUGUGCAAAUUAUUUUCUAUAUUUAACUCUUAAACAAGCAUUAAUGUAUAACCGGAAAUUUUAAGAUGCAUGUUAUUGUAAGAGCAACGUAGUGGUGAUUUUGAGAUCUUUUUCUGAACAUAAAUGGCACAUUUUAAACUUCAAGUCUUCAAAGUGCCUAAAGAUUAUUUAUCCCUCAACUGAUUUCUUGAGCCAUAUAUAUAUUUCCUACUUUCAAUGUUUGUUGCGGAAUCGCUAGUCUUCCUUUCGAAGAAGUAUCCCCAGAAUUCUAAAUGGCAUGAUUACUUUCUAGAAGACGGUAGAAGCUGUUAACAUAAAGACUGAAGAUAUUUUCACUGUUCAUCUGUGAGCAAGGGCUUUGCCCUGUUGGAUCUAAGUGUUUUAGUGCACAACUUGGUAAAAACCAUAUUGCUGCUGUUUCUAAGCCCUCCACCAACCAAAUUCCAUGUUCAGCAUUGUAGAGGCAGAAAUAACACAAUCCUAUUUGGGGGUUUUUGUCUUUCGUUGAUUUUUCUCAGUAAUAAUUUCCCAGCCUUGUGUCUUUUAGCUCUUAUGUAUACAAAUUUAGAAUUAUUAAAAUGUUUUAUAUUUUUUCAUGAUUAACUUUUAUUAGUGAAUAACAACUACUUAAGUAUUUAAUCCUUGUAGUGGUUAAAAAGAUGAGGGUCCUUUUUUAUUUGAAUUGCAUUUCUAAACGAAAGCAGCAGUCAAUAUUCAGAUAACUCCAAAAUAGUUCCUUUCAGUGUUUUUUUUGUUUUUGUUUUUUUAGUAUUUUUCCAGCUUCGGUUCUCCCAAGAACUCUGCUGAAUUUUGUGGUUCAUUUGGUGGAUAUCCUGCCUUAUUUAGAAUUGUAACUGGAUAAGAAAAUUGCCUUUUCAUUCAUUAUAAGUGCCCGAUUUUGGUCUCUAGUUUGAAGGUACCUACAUACUGCCGAGCGAGUAGAACACACCUUCCCCCCAGUUUUGUGUUACGGGAAAACCAUUCAGUACUGGUUUCCCAGUAGGGCUCAAUCGGAAUUGGUCCCGCACCAAUGUGAGUGUUUAGUGUUUGGCAAGUUUUGGGGUGUGAUAAUUCACUACAGAAAUGCUCAAUGUAUUACCUUGCUGCCGAUUGUAUUUCUGACAAUUCGUUUGUUUGCAAACAAAAUGUAGCACUUCUCCUCCAAACUUAAGAGGUGUGAGAAAAAAGGGGGAAAGAUCCAUCAUGUUUUAAACUUGGAAAUCAGUAAAAUGUUUUUAUUUUGAAACCCAGAUUCCCAAAAGGAAAUUUCACCACCAGAUCACACACUUCUCAGCCUUUUUCCAGCCGAGACUGACUGAAGAUUGUCCACAGGUCCUAAGAUUUAGCACAUAUACAAAAAUAAAACUUUAUAAAUUAAA